AUGAAAUCUCCUAUUCUUCGUUAUCGCCAUUUACAUUUGUGGCGGCAUUUAUCCACUGGAAGAAACGACGCAACAGCGCCUGGCUUCACGAAUAUAGGCCCUGAACAGCUUCAAUCCUCACCGGACCUAUCUAUAUCAACCCAAGAGCGGCGACGGACACCUUUAACGAAUGCUGCCAUUGGUAACCCAUUCCCAGGAACCUAUUGUUUCUACCGGGAUACCCGGCCUCCUCAGCAGCUUCAGCUCGAAUACUCGGAUCGCUUUUUUGCAUCUUCCAAACAUUCCCCGAUCCACCUUUGGGCAAGCAAUUUAUUUCGCACUAUUCCUAUCUCAUCCUUACCAGAAGUGGUAUUCAUAGGCCGAUCAAAUGUUGGCAAAAGCUCACUCAUCAAUGCCCUUGUCGGGCAAGAUAUCUGUGCAUCUUCGAGCAAACCAGGGAGGACGAAAAUUAUGACGUCUAUUGGCAUCGGUGGGACGAAAGGCGGAGACUCUAAGAUAGCGCUAGUAGACACGCCAGGAUAUGGGAAAGGGAGUCAUGCAGAAUGGGGGCAGGAAAUUCAGAAGUAUUUAGAAAAAAGAAAACAGUGUGUUUGUUUUGUUCUUUUGAAGACUUGCUCCGUACUAAUGCUUGUCGGUAGGCUCCGACGUAUUUUCCUCUUAAUAGACGCAGCUGUGGGUCUAAAACCUAGAGACCAUGAUGUAUUAUCGUUUCUCCGCCGCUUCACUAUUCCCUAUCAACUUGUCCUCACCAAACUCGACCACGCAUUCUUCCGCGAUACCCGUAAAUUUAAGCCAAAAUCUCAAAACUCACAAUCUGACUUGACCCUCUACGCACAAAAUUCCCAAGUCAUAUUUGCAUCCGCUCAGCCUAUCAACCCUAAGAUAGAUGGUCCGGGACCUCUGGGUGACAUGAUUGCUUGUAGUGUGCAGGCUAAGAAUAACAAGUACAAAACUCCCUCGACUGGUCUGAGUGCUCUUAGGUGGGCAAUUCUUCUUGCCACAGGACUCGAACAAAUCCCUCCGACGUUUAAAUAA